AUGGGAUUAAAGGACUCAGAUCUUAGCAAAGGUUGUGUUAAAUACGUAUUAAUAGCCUUGCUUCUAUUAAUCUUCUGCAUUAUUUCUAUUCUGGUGGCCCUCUAUGUUGUUGCCAAUAAUUCUGGCUACGCUUUUGCAUUGUUAAUAGAUGCAGGAUCCACUUCUUCAAAACUAUCAAUUUUUACUUGGAAAGAUUGGCCUUUCAUAGAAAACGGCUAUGUGCAAGAACUAGGCAAUGACAAAGUCAGCCCAGGAAUUUCGUUUUACAAAGACGAUCCAGAAGAAGCUUAUAAUACUAUGGAAUCAAAGAUUAAGACACUAGUCAAAAAAUAUAUUCCGUCCAAUGUCCAAUCAAGGACGCAUCAGUAUCUUGCAGCUACCGCUGGAAUGCGUCUUUUAGAGCUAGAAAACCCAUUAAAGUCUGACGCGAUAAUCGAAGCGCUUCAAUUAAAUUUACAUCGAACUGAUUUAAAGCUGGGAAAUCCAUACUCAGAUGUUCGAGUUAUGAGUGGACGAGACGAAGGAAUUUAUGCCUUUAUCACUGUCAAUUAUCUGCUAGGGAAAUUUGGUGACCGGGAUACUUCACCGGUUAGUCAACUGCAGACAGUGGGUUCUCUAGAUCUUGGAGGAGCCAGCACUCAAAUAGCUUUUGUACCCGAUGUUGAUCAAAAUGCCCCUCAUACCUCAACUCAAAAGCUUUUUGGAAAUGACUUCAGAAUUUACAGCUUUAGUUAUCUGUGUUACGGCAAAUCUGCAGCUGAAAAACGUGUGUGGGCUCAAAUUAUUUUCGACCAUACCCCUCCUCAUACUUCUCCAAUAAACAACCCAUGCCUUCAUAAGGGUAAAACUAUCACUAUCAAUGCAGCGCCUCUUUUCGAUGAUCAAUGCAUCGGUGGUAAAUACGCUUCCGAUCUUGUAGGAUCAGCUCUACAAAAACCCACGGGCCUUCCAGAUAGUAUCACCUUCACGGGUACUGGAGAGCCUGAUAAGUGCAGAGCAGUGGUUGAAAAGAUGUUUCAAUCCUCCAAGGCAUGCUCCAAAGAGCCCUGCAUGUUUGGCGGCAUUCCACGUCCUAAUUUGCGGGGAAAUUUUUACGCCUUUAGUGGAUUUACAUAUUCGGCAAAAUAUUUAGGCAUCCUCAAUAAGAACACUACUCGAGAUAACUAUAGAGCAGCGGUGGACGAGUUCUGCAAAAAACCAUAUUCGGAGGUUCAACAAAUGGAAGGGUAUGAUGGGUUCACGUACAUAUAUUGCUUCGAUGGUGCCUACAUUGAAAGCUUGUUGGUUGGCUAUGGCUUUGAAGACUCCGAGAGCUGGAAAAGUAUAACAUUUGCGAAUAAAGUGAGCAAAGAUCAUUGCUUUUUCUUUUGA